AUGGAGAACCUCGUCGCGCUGAUUGAGAAGUGGGACGCGCACGAAGAAGUUGGCUUUUGCUCCGAGAGUGUGAAGAUUGUUUUCCGCGCCAUCUACGGAUCUACCUCACGAGCAACAUGCUCGGGGCCAAGUUCGCGGCGGUGCAGAAGCCCGCACCACAUCGCCGAGCUUUGGCUAGACCUGGCUAGGGGCAUGAUGGCUGAGGCGGAGUGGACGCUGACGGGGCACGUGCCAUCGUCCUUUGAGGAGUACAUAGAGGUCGCGGUGCCGGCGUUCGGGCUGGGCGCGAUCGCCCUCACGACGCUCUACCUCGUCGGGCCAGAGCUCACCGAGGAGGUGGUCCGGAGCCGGGACUACGAGGAGAUGCUGUGGCAUGUCGGUGUCAGCACCCGCCUCCUGAACGACCUCCAGACAUACAAGAGGGAGGAGGAGCAAGGGAAGACAAAUAGCGUCCUGCUGCUGGCUCCUCGCCACGGCGGCUCAAUCGAGGCGGCCAAGAGGGAGGUCAGGAGCGUCAUCGCGGCGUCCAGGAGGGAGCUGCUGAGGCUGGUGGUCAGGGACGGCUGCGCGGGGACCCGGUCGCUGCAGCAGGAGUUCUGGAACAUCUACAAGGUUGGCCACCUGCUAUACAGUGAAGAGGACGGGUGGUGCACGAGCAGCAGCGAGACAAUACGCGUGGGGAACGCGGUGGUGCACGAGCCGCUGUCCUGGCGGCCAGGAGGGAAGAUCGGCUCCCCGGCUGCCGCGCGCCGCGUCUGA